GACCCGCACAUGUUUAAAGUUUUCAGAGCAUUUUAAGGACUUCUCGUCCCUGCUGGAUCUUACGUUUUUUUUAAAUGUUUGAAUUAGUUGUUCACGCUUCAUAUGGACGUUUUGAAGCAUUGAAGGGGAGUGAUCCGGACCACAGGGUCGAAGGGGGGCGCAGACACUCCAGGUCGCGGAUUAUCACCGUGAACUCAAACUGAAAGUAAAACUAAAACAAGCCGUGAAAAAAGUCGCAAACGGAAACUAAAGGACACCUUGUAAGAAAAAACUUUAACUGGUUAGAAAACUAAUUCAAAUUAAAUGAAAUGAGCGUAAAUUCAUUCAGGUUUUAGGUUUUCAGCUUCAGUUUCUGGAGGUACCAGUGUUUGUCGGUCAUGUCGCACAUGAACAUCUGACCCUGGUCAUCACCUGUGUCCGCCUGUGGUCUCUGAUGAGCACCGAGUCCUCCUCUCGUCUGAACCGGAGUCUGGAAUCCUGUCGGCCCGGAGGAACCCGGUCCGGCCGCCUGCACCCACAGCUCGAUCCGGGAGGUUGCGGUGGAGCCAGGUCUCUGUAAAGAUGUCGGCGCAGCAGACUCUGUUUUGCCGCAGCUGGGUCAGCCUGGCUCUGCUUUCACCCAUUUUAUUGCAGCCAGGAGCCGGCUGAGUGGUGGAACACGGCUUGCGGCGGGUGUCGGUGGGGCUCCAUCCAAUCCCCGCGCUCCCUUUCCCAGUGACGGUGAAUGUAUACCUGUCACAGGUAACAGGCCAAAACUACAGAGGAAAUGAAUAUGUGGUAAAGUGGAAGGAGCUACUGGCCGCCUCACUUACCUUAUACAUAUUUCCCUGUAUGAUAAGAACAGUGUAUAAAUUCAGGGACUGGUUAAGAUGAUGCUAAAUGUGAGCAGAAAUUGCACAGGUGCAAGGUUCAGCUUCUAUUUUGCACUACAGGCACAAAGGAAAAUUCAACUGCACUUUUCUGUGAACCUUCUGACCUGUUCAUGAGUUUACUGUGUAAUAGACAAAUGUGUGUUAAUAUAAAUAUUGUUUUUCAUAUGCGGUCUUGUCUUGUACACCUAAAUAAGGACAUGAUAUUAAUAUUGUUGUAGAAUGCAAAGGUCAACCAUGGCAGCCCAUUCAGCAGCUCUGAUGUUCAGUGUGUAUAUUUCUGUGUAUUUGUAGCUGCAGACUUCUGACACAUUAUACUUGUAAACUGAAAUGAGUGUAAAAGUAAAAAUGCACUUUUCUGAAAAACUAAACCUGAACUAAAAUAAACUCUUACAGUCAGAACUAAAUUUAAAAAAAGAAAAUUCAAAACUGUCACCGUGCUGCAGGCGCAGUUUUUACGAGAGAGCCUCAGUCCCUGUAUGCCGGCUCAUAAAGAAGACAGUGCACGUGUGUGUAGACUGAAGGCAACUUAAUGCAGAAACACAAAGGAUGUCUCUCCACGCUCAGGACUGAGGACUCACCAGCUGCUCCUACAGGCUCUCCACCCUAUCAGGCUAGUGGUUACACUCAGGUCCUUGUAGUGACCUUUUGCAACCUUUUGCACAUUCUUUGGUCUGUUUGAAUUUAAUAAAAUGGCCUUUGGCCUCUGCAAUGCUCCCAAUACAUUCUAAAUGCUGAUGGAAGGAUAUUUUGACAUCAGAGUUUUCAGUUGUUGCUUUUAUGUUUGGAUGGUGUGAUACAUUUUUGAGAUCUCUAUUUGCAGAGCCCGGAGCUGGUGUUGCAACAUUUGCAGAGAGAGAACUUGAAGGUCAAGUUGAACAAGUGCUGCCUCAUUCAACAGCUACACGUGUGGAGUCUGCAGAUAAGGUGGCAAACAGCCAGACUGGGAGUGAUUCAACAAAGGUGGGGCUGGAAAUAAGAUACAAACCAGGCCGAGCAAAUGCAAAUGCAGAUGCUUCGGCAAAAUGGGAGCGCAGAGGAGACAGUAGCUCUUGCUCCAACAUCAUGUGCAGUACAAAAGCAACACUCAGCAGCCAGUGACUCCUUGUGAAGCUGGAUCUUGCUGCCUUGCUGUCAGAGGACGCACUGACCCACUUCUUUUGCCACAGACAGCGACAACCAAAUAAAGAAGAGAGGAAGAAAACAUCAUAUAUGGUGCUGAGUUUGGUGAAGCACUGGGGUUGAUUAGUCGAAGGUGGAGUGACCAGAAGGGGGGACCAGCUUGAAAUCAGUUGUUGCUUCCACAAAAGCUGCAGAGGGAUGUCCUCCUCAGCAGACAUGACAUCCACGGCCACCAAGACCAGACCAGAGGACUGCUGCAGGUCGUGUGAAUGCUGCACAUAAGAAAGAUGUUAUACAUAUCCAGACUUGCGUGGGUCAUUUAACAGCAUAAAGCUCUACUGACAUUUUGGAUAUAGACAUGAAGGUCCUAGAACCCACAUCUGAUGGAUGAGAAAAGGAUGAGAAGAGUUGUCUAACUAUGGAGGAACCAUUCCUAGUAGAGACCAAAUGGCAGCGACAGUGUCUCCCACCAGAUAUAUUCUGAUCAAGGAGGCUGCUUUGAGGACCUGCAAACUAAGUGGCCUGUUCAGCAUUGGGGAGGACUUUGACGAUGAGGACCUGCUGGGGACAGACUGGGCUGUCCGGUCAGCGUCUGGACCAGCCGAUGUGGCAGCUGCUGUGUCAUCUUGCGCUCUGCGGGCCUCCUCUGUUGCUCACAGAGAGCCGGAGAAAAAUUGCUUUCAGCAAGCUGGAGAGAGAUCAGCUGCCCUGUGUAAUGGCACAGCAUCAAGGAGCAGCACGCACACGGCUGCUGGACAAACUGUUGCUCCUGGUUUCAGGCGGCUCUCCUCCCCGGCUCAGCCUCCCUCCCCCUGUCCUCCCACACUGAAUAACUCUGAGUCUAAUUUGGCAUCACAACAGAGUCGUGCUAACGCAGAGGGGCCGCUGAAGUCCUGCGUGGCUCAGGAUGAUUUUGAUGAUUGGGAUGUUGACCUGGCAGACCUGGAUGAGUGUGACCGCCAAAUGGGGCAGCUGUUUCAACCUCCUGCUCCAACCCCACCUGCGCCCCCGGCCGAUCCUGCAUCUUCAGCCAAACCGCUGCGACCCCCGACCUGUGGAGGGAUUCAGACACGACCUGAUGGGAGCCUGAGAGAGCUCAGUACUGCACGCCAGGUUUCUGGCUCAUCCAGUCAUAACCUGCCCCCUCGGGCUUUCUCCACUCCUCUGCGAUCUCCAAAUCCCCGUCCUGCUUUUGUGUCAGCCCCUCCGCAGAGUCCUACUGUUUUCCCUGGCAUCACUGCGACUUUCCCUGCCCCCAGCCCCAUUUCCAGGUCACUCAAUAGGCCCCAGCAUCCGCAUGGACCACGGUUAACACCAGGACCCUCGCCCCAUGCUCGUAGCCUCUUUGAGACAGUCUCCCCAACACCCUCUUCCUCCUCAUCUGUGGGCUCCUCGGCUCUGAGCCCUCAUCCCCUUCACACGCCGGUCCUCACCAACCGCCUGGUCCAGCUGGUAUCUGCCUCCAAUAAGCUUCCUCGGAAGAGGCCUCGCUCUGAGCCUCAUCGUCCCAGGACCCGACGCUUCCCCGGUCCUGCUGGACUGCUGCCACAGCAGCCGCAGGGUCAAAGCCUGGACCAGAUAGUGGUUUCUGUUCCUCUGACUCCUGCUCACGGUGUUGUGGCCCGAUUACCAAGCCAGGGCUCCAGCUCACAGACUGAGGAAGACGACUUCAGCGGCGGUGCCUGGGCGGCGAUGAAGGCAGAGAUGGGACUGGAUGACAGGAACCCCUCGUGCUUCCUGCACUCCUACAGCGUUGUCAUGGUACUUCGAAAGGCUGCACUGAAACAGCUGACAAGAAACAAAGUGCCCAACAUGGCCAUGCUCCUGAAGAGCAUCAUCCACACACACGCUGAUGCCAAGGCUGUGUUUAAAGACCCAACAGGGGAGAUUCAGGGAACUGUGCAUCGUCGUCUCCUCGAGGACCGAGUGGAGGAGCUGAAGGUCGGAGCCGUGCUGCUGCUCAAACAGGUGGGUGUCUUUUCCCCCUCCCAUCGAAACCAUUACCUGAAUGUGACGCCCAACAACCUGCUGAGAAUCUACGCCCCUGAUGGAGUCGGUCUCUCCUCCACUCGGCUACCCCCGCUCGUCCUGGAGGAGAUGUUGCCGUCAUCCGCUCGGUCUUCGGGGGUCCUCCGGGAGCCCGUGUCUCAGAUGCACCUGGUGUUUGACGAGGAGGAGGACGAGGGACAGGAGGGGGGGAAAUGUGCAGAGGGGGGUGAAGACCCCCAAGCAUCAAGAGACACUACAGCUGGCUCCAGCAGAGGCCCUGAUGAGUCUGCUGGGAACCCAGCACCGCGGGACUCAGGCUGGGAUUCAGAUGAUGAGCUGGAUGAACUCCUGGGAGAGUUACCUGAGGACGCCUACAGCCUUUGAUGUAACGUUACAUCAGCAAAUGUUCCGUACGGACCGUCUCCACUGACUCGAGUUAUUUCACGACUGACCAGCAGUAAAGAUGUUAUCCUUUGCUUUCCUGACAUCACCUCUUUGAAACCAGGAUUCUCUGACCACUGAAGAACUGAAAAUAUGUCUAUAUUGUAAUGUUUGUUUCCUACUAAGUCAACCAUGUUUGAUAUCUGCUUCAUUUAGACCACAGAGAAUAGUCUUGAGUUAAUUUGUUGUUGCUGUGUCAUUGCUAUGCAUCACUGCUGACUGAUGGGUUAUAAGAAGACAACACAUGCUUAUUAAUUACAUUGCUCUAAAAAUCAGCUGUUUGAUUUCAGAUUCAUGUCUUGUUAUAUUCUCAUAAAGACUAAUUAGCCUGUGACACGGAGGCUGCAUUUCCCUGUUCGUUCGUGUCUUUUCCCUCCAUUUUCAGACGUGUCCGUUUCUCCGAGCCUCCGAGCGGAGUGGAUAAACUGUGACCCGGCUUGUUUACCAUGCAUUAAGAGGUGUAUCUGGGGGUGUUUCAGGGCAGGGAUUGCAGGGAAGUAGCUCCAGCGUCCCGUGUGAUUUCCCUGACCCAAAAGUGUUUACUCAGCCCUGUUUGCCGAGCGCCACAGCAUCAGGGUGGAGUCGCACUGUGACUAACAGGCUCUUAUAGAGGCUUUCCCAACAGGAUCUCAGCCUCAGAUCCAGACUCCUCCAGUACCCCGCCUCACUGUAACAGAUUCAGGUUAAUCUGCCUCUUUGUCAUCUUGAGUAGAAUGCAGCUGCUUAAAUUGCCUGGUUUAUGUUCAAACGAAGGAGAACAGAUGAUGAACUCCGGUGCAUUUCCAGUCAUCCCAAAUGCUUCUUGUUGUUGAGUUGAGUUGUUUGCCUGAAAUAAGUAAAGUUUUACACUUCAGUCUAUAAAUAUUUGAACGGUGACACAUUUUCAGUUAGUAGUUACUGCUGCAAAUUUGAUCUUAAAUUAUGUUUCACAAUGACGAUGAGGAUAAAGCGUCGGCUUUCAGUUUACAUUUGAUGGGGUUUACAUCCACUCUGGGUUAACUGUGAGGGAAUCGUUGCCUCGAUGUUGUCCCCCUGCUUCAAAAACGUUUAGAAGUUUAGAAAAAGGGUCCAUCCCUCUUAACACCUCACAGCUCAUGGCAUCCUGCCUUAAAGACAGGUUUGGUUUUACUUGUCCAGGUUUUGAGUCUUUUGACUUUAUUUCUGAUGCUCUGAGCACUGGGAAAAGACAUCGAAACAAUUCAGCAGCAGCAUGUCUUUCCAAAAACAGUCCUCUGGAUAAUCCACUCCUCUCACUGUGAACAGUUUUCAGUGAAGCUACUUUAUACUGCAGAUGAAUGAAAAGUGUCGACAGUGGAUUAUCCAGAGUGACUGGGACACUGUUUCUAGAAAGAUAUGUUGGUGUUGUUUUUAUGUUUGAAGCAGCACAAAGCUUCAUUGUGUGGCAGAAAUCACAAAUCCUGAGAAAAUAAAAC